AUGCGAUUUGGAGACUUUAUUACUGAGUCUGCAAUUCCAGAAUGGAAGGGAAAAUACAUCCAAUAUAAUACAGGUAAAAAAAGGUUAAAAGAAUUUGCUGAAUUGUUAAGUAAAGAGGAAACUUUGGAAGAUUCUCAGCAUUUGAUAGAAGCAUUUCCAACCGAGUUUUUGGGACCAAGUCGUCCAUUAGCAACUUCUGAUAGAGGACAUAGUCACCCAAGAUUUUCCAGAUACUCUUACCUACAGAAUGAAUUCAUACGUGAAUUCAUUGAUCAUUGGUUGAUUUCCCAAGAAAUUUCAAAAUGCAAUGAUUUUUUCUUAUGGUUAUUAGAGCAAUGCCAAAAUAGAUAUGAAAUGUUACAGAAACAAGUACUUCUAUACAAGAGACAUGGUGACUUAUCGUAUUCUGUUCAUGGUUCAUUGCUAGCAAGCCAAAGAUCAUUUGUAAAAAAAGGUACACAGAGCUCAUAUGGUUCAUUAACAUCACUUCUCAAAUACGCAGAUGAACAAAAAGCAUCAUGUUCCAAACAAAAGCCCAAGAGUGCAGUUAAAAUGACUUCAAGAGUAAAAGAGUUUUUAAGACAUUCUAACUUAUUACCUUCCAUUCCUCAAUCAUUAAAACAUUAUUUUAGAUUUACAUCUACCGAAUGUAGUUGUGCCAGUACUCAGUUCUCUGAUAUUACCAUAAUAAAGGCGAGGAGAAUGUUAGAUGAUGCAUUGUUAGAAUUAUAUCUUUACAUAGAAUUGGUUAGAACCUUUCGAAACGUCAACGCAACUGGUGUAAGGAAAAUUGUCAAAAAAUUUGACAAAAUUUGCAAAACUCACGAAUUGAAAUAUGUGAUACAAGAUGUACCUGUAAAAUUUAUGAUAUUUCGUCAAUAUAUCGACAUUUCAAACCAAUCAAGAGAUAACAAGCCAAACCAAGAAUCAGGAAGGAAUAAUGUAGCAAAUUUUUUUAUUGACAAUGAAGAUCCUUUAAAAGUAUGGGAAGAUCAAAUAAAACAUUGGUAUACUGUUGAUUUAUCAUGUAAUCCCCAAGAUAGAAAGAAACGAAAUGAACAAUUGAAAAAGCUUUCUUUAGAAGAUAAAGUUAAUGAGCGGACUAUACAUAGAAGUAACAGAUCAAUUGUGCAGAUGUUUAUCGGCGGUUUAGGAAUUGGUUUCAGUACAGCAAUUGUAUUCUAUAUUUGUUAUUGCUUGAAAACAGCAAAUUCCAAGUCUGUACUUUAUAUGCGUUCCAUACUUCUUCCAUAUUGGGGAAGUUGGUUUUUGAUAUAUUUUGGUGUGCUUCUUUUCUUAUUAGAUAGUUAUAUCUGGCAUCGUACUGGCAUCAAUUAUAGAUUUAUUAUGUUCGGAGAAAUGUCACAAAGGAAUGGUUCCCAUUUCUUCAACCACGAUUUUUCUACUUCUUUAAUAUCCUUGCAUUUUUAUUUUUUGGCAUUUUUUGCAUUGAUUUGUGCAGUUUGUGCAGGUUUAAGUUUUUUCAAAAUUAACCUUCUAUUAUAUGCAUCUUCAUUUUUAAUUAUUUUAUUUGGAUUAUUUUUCCUUCCAAUAACUUUCAUCCCAUAUUGGGACAAAUUUAAGAGAUCGAAGAGAUGGAUUAUAGUGGGAUUGAUUAGAUUAGUAUUUUCUGGUGCAUUUCCUGUCGAAUUUGGAGAUUUUUUUUGGGGUGUCGUAUUUUGCUCUUUAACUUAUUCACUAGCAGAGAUAGCAGUAUUUAAUUGUCUUAUUUCAAAUACUGACAAUGAUUUGUGCCGCCCAAUAAAUCAAUCUUCUGCAACUAUUUUAUCGUGUUUACCAAAUUUUUGGAGAUUUCUGCAAUGUUUAAGAAGAUAUGCCGAUUCAAGAGAUGCAUUCCCUCAUUUACCGAAUGCAGUGAAAUAUGCUGUAGGUGUGGCAUUUAGUUAUACGUUUUGCAAGUUUCGACUAGCAAAAGAUCAUUCAACAACAAAGUCUAUUUUUAUUAUAGUGUCAUUGGUCAACUCAUGUUAUACUAUAUUCUGGGAUCUUCUUAUGGAUUGGUCUCUUUUCCAGAAAUCCUCAAAGAAUUUGUUUCUAAGAGAUGAUCUAUAUCUUGCUGGUACAAGGAAUUGGAAAACCGGUGAGUAUAAAUUUACAAGAAGACUGUUUUAUUAUAUUUGUAUGAUUAUUAAUGUCUCAAUAAGGUUACAAUGGAUAGUAUUUAUCAUAUUACCGAUUGAUAUGCGUAGUAAUGAAAUCACCACAUAUGUAUUAGCUCUUACUGAGCUGUUUAGAAGAGCAAUAUGGAUUAUAUUUCGUGUUGAAAAUGAACAUGUUGCAAAUGUACAAUUAUACAAAGUCACAGGCGAGACUACACUACCUUAUAAUAUUGCAGAAGAUAUUUCAAUAGACAACUAUAAUUACCCACAAGAUUAUUCACCACUAUUUACCCCUAUCGAUCCAGAUCAAUCUAAUAUUUCAGCAUGGAAAUCACAUAGGGAACAGGAACGUUCAUUACAUAAUUCAAUUAAGCAUAGAAGGGCAUCUUUAAUUGAAAACCUGUCAAAUAACAUGUAUUGGGCGCAUACAACAGAUUUUCAGAGACCCCGUGCAUUUUCUACUAUUUUGCAAGGUUUUAAUGAAAAUGAAAACAAUAGUUAA